AUGUCUGCCCGCCCCCAGAACAUCGGCAUCAAGGCCAUUGAGUGCGUCGACCAGGCUGAGCUGGAGCAGUAUGAUGGCGUUAGUGCCGGCAAGUACACCAUUGGUCUCGGCCAGACCAAGAUGAGCUUCUGUGACGACCGUGAGGACAUCUACUCCAUGGCCCUGACCACCCUCUCAUCCCUGAUGAAGAAGUACAACAUCGACCCCAAGUCUAUCGGCCGCCUCGAGGUCGGCACCGAGACCCUUCUGGACAAGUCCAAGUCCGUCAAGUCUGUUCUGAUGCAGCUGUUCACUCCUUCGGGCAACACCAACAUCGAGGGUAUCGACACCGUCAACGCCUGCUACGGUGGUACCAAUGCCGUCUUCAACAGUCUCAACUGGCUCGAGUCUUCCGCUUGGGAUGGUCGUAACGCGAUCGUCGUCUGCGGUGACAUUGCCCUGUAUGCCGCGGGUGCUGCCCGUCCCACUGGUGGUGCUGGAUGUGUUGCCAUGCUCAUCGGCCCUGACGCCCCCAUCGUCUUCGAGCCUGGUCUCCGUGGCUCCUACCUGACCCACGCCUACGACUUCUACAAGCCCGACCUUACCAGCGAAUACCCCGUCGUUGACGGCCACCACUCUCUCCGUUGCUACACCGAGGCCGUUGACGCCUGCUACAAGGCCUACCACGCCCGCGAGAAGGUUCUCAAGGCCGACCAGAACGGCACCAACGGUGCCGCCGACGAGUCCCAGACUGCCCUGGACCGGUUUGACUACAUUCUCUACCACGCCCCUACCUGCAAGUUGGUUCAAAAGUCCUACGCUCGUAUGCUCUACAACGACUUCCUGAACAACCCCUCUCACCCCGCUUUCGCUGAGGUCGCCCCCGAACUGCGCGACCUGGACUACGCCGCGUCCCUGACCGACAAGGCCGUCGAGAAGACCUUCAUGGGGCUGACCAAGAAGCGCUUCGCUGAGCGUGUGCAGCCCGGUCUCCAGGUCGCUACUCUCUGUGGUAACAUGUACACUGCCACCGUCUACGCCGGUCUUGCCAGUCUUCUGAGCCACGUCACCUUCUCUCCCAGCGAACCCAAGCGCAUUGCCCUCUUCUCCUACGGCAGUGGUCUGGCCUCUUCCAUGUUCAGUGCCAAGAUCGUUGGCGACGUGUCCGAGAUGGUGGAGAAGCUCGAUCUGAAGAACCGCCUGGAGGCUCGCACCGUCUUGACCCCCAAGGCUUACGACGAGAUGUGCCAGCUGCGUGAACACGCUCACUUGAAGAAGAACUUCAAGCCCUCCGGUCAGGUGGAGACGAUCCAGAAGGGCGUCUACUACCUCACUGAGGUCGAUGACAUGUUCCGCCGCCAGUAUGCCAUCAAGGAGUAA